GUGAGUCAGAACAGCUGCUCCGUACGCCUGGCCAUGGUGCACUGAUUCGGCCAUGGCCGCCACUGUGGAUUUGGAAGGGUAUCAACGUGCGUGGCGCUUGCGACAUGCUGCAGAUGAUGGUCUCAUGCUGCAGGUCUUUGGCGAUGACCUUCCAGAGCUACAAAAGGCAAAUCCUGGGCUGCUGGAUGUCGCCAGAUCAUAUUUUCCGCACUUGACGUCCUCCACGUAUGAGGCUUUGGCCCGAGAACCUGAGAACUUAAAGGUGGAGAAGGACCGUUGUGAGCGAGAAAUGGAACAGUUGGCAAUUCAGAACUACAGCGCUUUCAUUGGAAGUGCAGAAGUCACGCAGGGAGUUAAGAAGGAGUUGUCAAACGUUCGAACACACCUUCAGGAGAUGAUACAAGCUCUUGAGCCAACGCAAGAGACCAUCGCGGAGUUGCAAAGCCAAGCUUCAGGUCUCAGCAUUCGACGUCAAGCGCUGAGAAAGGUGCUAGCGCAGCACACUUCUGUGCUCGAGCUGUUGGAACUGCCGCAACUGCUAGAUGCGUGCGUACGAAAUCAGAUGUACGAAGAGUCGCUGGAACUGCUCGCCUUCUGCAAUAGCUUGCUUCAAGCGCAUGAAGCCCGUGGCGAAGAGAUUGGUGUGCUUACGGGCAUCAAGGAACAGGUUGCGGUGCAACGAGCAAACCUCAAGGACGCUUUGGCAUCACAGCUGAAAACAGACAUCCACCUCCCUGCCUGCGUGCGCAUAGUGGGCUUCCUUCGACGUGUGCAGCGGCACUCUGAGGAGGAACUGCGCCAGCUCUUCAUCGAGUACCGGAGCAAGUUCCUGGAGAGCCACAAGCAGCAGGUAGAACUAUUGAGGCACAGCAGAGGCAGUGUUGGUACCGCCUUGCGGAAUGCUGCAGACUUGUUGCGGACGCAUGUCUAUGACAUUGGCACCCAAUACAAGGCAUUGUUCCCCCAAGACGAUGGUCCAUUGGGUGCUUGGCUAAACAGUCAAGUCAUGUGGUUGGUUUCAUUGUUGCGUCAUCAUGUUUUACCACCAAGCUCGACUUCUGCCAAGAUCGAUGCAGCGCAAUUGACCACUGUGUUGCGGCAGUGUGUCCAUGCUUCAUCUACCCUGAAGCGCUUAGGUGGCCACUUCUUUGCAGCCGUAUCGAGUAUAUUUGAGGCGCGAAUGCAGCAGCACUGUCGGGACAUGCUCGAUGCUGCUGUGCUGAACUUUCACUCUGAGCUGGGUCGAUAUGAUUGGAUUCCUUCCACGGCAAUGGCAGGAAGCGCCCCAGAGACUGGAUGGCUUCAUCCGGAGGCCCUGGAGUUGACCCGACAUCGGCCCCUGGCUGUGCUGGCCAACGACAUUGUGCAGGUCUUCAAUGAACUCAGACAAUGCACACUCUAUGGCUUACGAGUGAGUGUGGUCACUCAUUGUUACGAGUGUUCCAUGGCAUCGGUGAACUUGCUGCGUUCGGUUUUGGCGUCGCAGAACCUUCGGCAAGGUUCUCCGAAAAUGAUGGAAUUUCACAAGCUUUGCAGAAACUUUGCAGACAUCCUCAUGCCGUUGGUGGCGUCUCAUUUGGAAGCAUUGUUUGGGCCUGUUGCCAGGUUUGAUGUUGAUGGCAUUGUGGCGUCCAUGGUGCCAGACCUGAUUGAGGAUGCCAUCCAGCCAGUUGAGCCUGCCGAGGCAGAGCUGACUGAAAUGGCUGAGUCACUGGAUCCUCCCACGGGCGAUGUCUCCAGUGCACCGACUGUGGAGAUGCAGGCAACUGGAGCUUGAAGCUGGCUGAAUGCGUGAGAGCAAAGACACGUAGCAGGGAGUUAGGAGUUCAAGAAGGACCCCCACGCAAAUAGGUUGCAGAUAACAACACUCUGUCAAGCGCUCUACAAGACUUCAGAUGAAGAGACGAUCAUCCCAGCAGUUCAUUGGCGCAACGUGUUUUUCUGCCAUUGGCACAACACCACUACACCGUACCGAUUUGAUGUUGCUACAUCUAGGUUGGAUCGGGUUCCGGCCGCAGUUGGUUGUACUUGUUUUUGUUUUGAUAGAUCGCUCUUGGAAUUGUAGGGUGCAAGAUGCUUGCUCCGGACAGUAUGCGUUUGUCCCGGUACGUCCCUGAGCUCCUGUUAUAGCAGCCCAUUGGUGGCACGUCAGGUGAAACGCAAGAGUGAGACAGCUGCGCACUUCUCCACGAGGCUGGCAUCGCUGAGUGAUGAGCAGGCUCAGAAGUGAGAAGCUGGUCUUGAUGAGGCUCACAUGGACGCAGGUAUGAUUUUGCUGAAGGUGUGGUGUCAAUUCUUGAGUGUGUGUGUGUGAGAGUCUCUUUGCAUUUGUCCGUUUCACCUGACAUGUGCCGUUGGAUGGAUGCAGGCAACAAAUCCUGAAAAGUUCGAACAACCCUAGCGUGCCAAGGUAAGUUUUGCAUCGGGGCUGUGAGGUUUUGCGGUGAUUCAAACUGACAAAUGGUGCCCUGACAUGUGACAAGGGAGUAUUUGCUUGGUGUUCACCGUGAUGGUUGGCUUUCCUGAUAUAGAGGAUCAUCAAGACAGUCAGAG